GUUGAUCACGUGGUCGUCAGACCGAAAGUCUGAAGAGCGGCUAACUUGAAUAUUCUUAGCUUCCUCGAAAUCUUGCAACUACAGCCCUGCAGUAGCAAUUUAAAGAUGAGUGCAAGUAUCGUCGACGUAUCUAGCACACUUGGAGAAUACAUGAUAAAAGGCUGGGUGUUGACAGACACGACAUGCCCGUCCCCAGCGUGUCGCGGCGUUCCUCUCAUGAGGUCACCUAGUAAUGGAUCGCCGGUAACUCAUAUUUGCGUUAAUUGCAAUGGUCCUCAACAAUAUUCAUCAUCAACUUAUGAGUCUAGUUCGCGACCAUCAACUCCUCCUACAGAGCUAUCUAGCGCUUUAAGCUCCCCGACGUUUGCCCCUCCCAUUGACACUGAAGAGACAAUCCGCAGGCGGCAACAAUCAGACCAAGCAUCUGCAGAGAUUGGAAAGCGUCUUUUGAAAGGAUGGGCAAUGCUUGGUGAAGAAUGUCCGAACAUCAGGUGUUACGGUGUACCUCUUGUUAGACCUCCAAAAAGCGGAGAGGAGAGAGAUCCUCGCAAGGAAUGCGUUAUUUGCGGGACGGUCUACGUUACUGAUGUCUCUGAAGGGUGGCGGCGCCUUAUCCCAGCUCUACCUACAAUUGAAGUAGGAUCCAGCUCGGGGGCUGGCAAUUCUCUGUCAAGUGCUCCGAUGACAUUGGACUCUCGUGACAAAGGAAAGGCAGUGAUGCGCAGUAUACCUUCACAGUCUUCGCCAUUACUUCCUGCGUCAGAGUCGUCAAAGUUGACGAUCAAUAUUUCGAAACCCACUGGAAACUUGGCUAACAAUAGCGAACGCCUGCAUGCAAGUGUCUCGUCUAUCAGUGCAAUUACGGCGCAUUCCCCUGCUCAUGCACUCAAGCUGUCUUUGGAUGCUAUGUCACAAAGACUUGCGCAGAUCUGCGAGACCGCAAAUCAAAUGGACGUGGCAUCUAUUGCAUCAGCUGCAGAUGCCAUCAACAAGGUUGCACAGGCUCUGUCCCAAGUAAGGCAGUUAGGAGAACAUUAGAUUUAUCUGGUCACCCCUGUUUGAUGGUAGACCUGUUUCACCUAUUACUGUGACUUUUGCCAUGGCGUGUCGUUCCCAACACUAUUUAGUGCAAAUGAGAAUCUUUCCCUUCCUUCAGACGAUUUCAGGCAGUGGUUUGUGUAUAUGUAUGUUAGUUCAACGUUCUAAGGUCUCCUUCCGAAAGCUCAUAUAUAGUUAAUUACCCAUUACCGCGGUUUUCUCACCAUCCCCCGUGUUAUCAUUGGAUAUUACUUCUAAACACAGUACAAGGAUCUGGCAUGCUGUAGAAGCACCGAAGAUGCUCGUUUACUCAUUGCGGCCUCGUGUGCCAGCAUGCUGCCAUAAAUUCCCAAGGCUUUGUCCGUCCUAACAUCGCAGCUCUCAAACAUAUCUGUCACGA